GCGGGCGGUUGUCAGUUGCGUCCUGCGCUUCUGAUAACAGUGCUGCGUUCAGCCCAUAGACUGUAUUAAAACAGGUUCAGCCCGAACAAAAGGUUGCCCACCGGGUUGAGCACCUACCCUUGCAAUAAUAAAAAAUUAUAAUUAUUGUUGUACAGUGACAAACAUUACGCUAUAUUGAUGUGCGCAUGCCUAGUAGCCGUCGCUGUUUCCAUCCUAGCGUAAACCCCGAUGACACUCUCGCUCAUUCAUAGCGGACUCUUCGCGCCGAAACACUGCAUGACGAACUCAUCCGCUUAAGCUACACUUAACCGACAGAUUGACUAUAUAUUCAUUCAGCUGGAGGAGAUGAAGUUGCGGUGGGGCUGGACGUGUCUCUUGUUGCUCUCCAUCUCCAUGGUGACAUGGGCUCAGAAAGAAGAGCUGGAUGACGAAGAGGAGGCUCAAGUGGAAGAUGGAGAUGUGGACGUGGAGACAGACAGUGGAGAAAGCACCGAGGUGGACGCCCAUGUGUCUUUUGAGGUAACGUACAAGACCCCAGUUCCAACAGGAGACGUGUACUUCACUGCAACAUUCGAUGAUGAGUCUUUGAGCAGCUGGCAGGUGUCUAAAACAAUGAAAGAGGAUGCCGAUGAAGAUAUUGCAAAAUAUGACGGUAAAUGGGAGGUUGAGGCCCUGAAGGAAAACAAGGUGCCUGGGGAUUUUGGCUUGGUUCUGAAAUCUCGUGCUAAGCACCAUGCCAUCGCUGCCCUGCUUAACAAACCCUUUGUUUUUAUGGACAAGCCUCUUAUAGUCCAGUAUGAGGUCAACUUUCAAAAUGGAAUUGACU